AUGGCUAUGGCCCUGAAUAAGAUGACCGAUUUAUUAGAAAGAGUAGUUAAUCAAUCUGGUUCCGGAGUCAGACCUACACAUCAAUGUAGGGAUUUAGAAGUGGGGGAGGAUAAGGCCUUAGAAAGGUUCCAGAAAUUUGCUCCACCUAAAUUUAUGGGAGGACCAAACCCUGAGAUAGCAGAAAAUUGGUUAGAAGCUAUGGUUAACAUAUUUGAGGCAUUAAAAUACCCUGAGAAUAGACAAGUUACUUUUUCCGUAUUCCAAUUUGAGGGGCCAGCACGUUCAUGGUGGAACAUGGUUAAAACUAAAUGGGAAAGAGAGCAAAUUCCAUGGACUUGGACUAACUUUGCCUACGAGUUUAAAGAAAAAUAUAUCCCUCCUUUGGUUAGAGAGAAAAAGGAGGAUGAAUUCAUUAGACUUCGGCAAGGGACCUCCAGUGUUGCUGAAUACGAAACCCAGUUCACAAAAUUGUCUAAAUUUUUCCCCGAAUUAGUACCCACAGAACAAAAGAGAGUGAAGCGUUUUGUUCAAGGAUUAAAUUUGGAGAUUCAGGAAUCCUUAUAA